AUGAGGAGAUUUAAGGUUUUGCCUAAUUAUUUAGCGCAUACCUCUAAAUUAGGAAGAUACCGCAAUCUCUCCGGCGCGAAACUCACCGAUCAUGGUUCGCCCACUCCAUUGUUAUCUUAUCUCUGGCAUAUAUUCGUUAUCCACCCUGAUCUCUGGCUUAUUAUAUUCCUGUGUAUCUAUGGACGUGCAUAUGAUGCGAGCUGUAUAUCCCAUCUAUGCGCAUACGUGAAUGCUGGCCUUAUGUGUGUUUCAUAUAAAUAUCACUGAUCUUCUUUGUAGAUCACUUCUUAUCAAAGCCACCAUCCAUAAUCUACACUAUCAUGUCAGACACUGAAAAAACCGGUCUCAAUAUCGUUGUGUCGGUCAACGAUAUCGAAAGUCAAAACAGAGACAAUGUUCUUGGAGUUAUCAUGUCCCCCUCCGGGAAGCCAAUCGAAAUCACUGGUGAUGUCGAUGUGGCUAUGAAAUAUGCCAUCGACAACAAAGAAGGUCGAAUCGAAAUCGAUGAGGCUACCUCAAAGCGUAUCUUACGUAAGAUUGACACUUUCCUUCUCCCAAUAUUGUGUUUGUUGUACUGUUUCCAAUUUAUGGAUAAACUUUCCAACUCCUACGCGUCCGUUUUGGGUCUCAGAACCGAUUUGAAGAUGGUGGGGAACAUGUACUCUUGGACUGGUACUGCCUUUUAUCUCGGAUAUCUUUUCUUUGAGUUCCCCGCUUCUUACUUGCUUCAACGUUUGCCAGUUGCCAAAACAGUGGCUGCAUUCAUUGUGAUCUGGGGUGUUGUUUUGUGUUGUCACUCCGUUCCUCAAUAUGCUGGAUUUAUUGCCUUGAGAACAAUUUUGGGGAUGCUUGAAUCGUCGGUGACCCCUGCAUUCACCAUUAUUACUGCUCAAUGGUACACUCAAGAUGAACAAUUUUUGAGAGUGGCCUGUUGGUUUGCCUGUAACGGGAUGGGUACCAUCUUGGGGGGAGCCAUUUCAUACGGUUUGGAUGUUAACCAAGCCCUGUACUCCAUCAAGGCCUGGAAACUUAUUUUCGUUGUUAUUGGCUGUCUCACUGUCUUCUUGGGAUUCUUAAUCGCAGCCCAUGUCCCAGAUACCCCAGCUCAAGCUUGGUUUUUAACCGAGGAAGAAAAGCGCCUUGUUGUUGAACGUAUUAGAACCAAUCAACAAGGGUUCGGUAACAGACAUUUCAAGAAGCACCAAUUCAUUGAGGCUCUCACGGACUACAAGACUUGGCUCAUCUUCUUGUUUGGUCUCGCCAAUAAUAUCCCUAAUGGUGGUAUGACCAAUUUCGGUAAUAUCUUGUUGACUGAAGACUUGGGAUACACUGCCAGAGAGUCGCUUUUGAUGCAAAUGCCUUCAGGAGCUGUGGAAGUUGUCGGAUGUAUCGGUCUUGCUUACAUUUCCACCUUCGUCAAUUCCCGUAUGCUUUUGGCCUUUAUUGGAACUGCCCUCACGGUCAUGGCCCAAUGUUUCCUUGCCUUUGGGAAGCUGUCCAAGCUUCAAAUGGCCGGAUAUUGUUUGUAUGCCUUGGGUCCAAUUGGGUUCAUCUGUAUGUUGUCCGUGGUGGCGUCUAAUGUGGCUGGCCACACCAAGAAGGUCACCACCAACGCCAUUCUUUUGAUUGGUUACUGUACCGGUAACUUGGUCGGCCCACAAACCUUCCUUGCACAACAGGCCCCCAGCUACCACGGAGCCAAGGUCGCCAUUGUCAUCUGUGGAUGUUUCUCCUUGCUCAUGGUUGGUGCCGUCUGGUACGCGUACAUCUGGGAAAACAAAAAGAAGGACAAGAUUGACAAGUCCGAAUACCCAACUUUUGAAAACCACGAGUUUGCUGAUUUGACUGACAAGGAAAAUAUCGAGUUUAGAUACCAGACUUAGAGUGUUAAUAGACCGUAAUAAAACAUGUCGUUGUAUAUUUCUCUGUAGGUAUAAGUGGAAGAAAACAAGAUGAUAAUUACAAAAUGAAUUCUAGAAAACGGAUAGGAAAGAGCACUAUCAAGCUACAGUUAUAUCUUUCGGUUAAAUAAGAUAUCUUACCGUUCCUUGUUGCCAAGACUACGUGUCUCCUCCUCUCUUUUAAAGUUGCACAAGAUUCCGCGAUUGUACCACAACAGGACUUGUUUUCUAAUUCUAACCCUUGAAUAAAAUCUGGGCUACAAUAAAACCCUGAAUAUAAAAAAAAGAGAUAUACAAACAUCCAUUCGGGCAGUGGACUUUUCUCUCUCUCUCUCUCACUUGGUCCAGACAUCCACUACAACAAGCUAGGUCAAUUACAUCAGAAUUGGCAUGGACUAGGUAGUUCAAUAUUUUGUAGGGUUUAUCGCAUUUAGCCCCUAAUGCUUGGCAGUUAGAUUGUUAUAAGCUUAUCGCAAGGUCCUGAAAAUAUUGAUAGGGAAUAUUGCAAUAUUUCCCGACCUCUACUUGUGCUGGUACAAGAACAGUUAGUAUGUGAGGGAAACACCUUAACAAAUCAACACACCUUUCUCAAAAAAUAGAC